AUGCAGAAGCAGUUGCUGCAUUUAGUAAUAACACGUGGAGCUGAUGGUCCAUGAGAAGAAGUGUGAUUGAAAAUGCUGCGACUCUUUUUCCCUUGCCUUGUUCCAUAAACAAAUAUGUCCAGCUAACCUUGAAGAAAAAUGUGAUAUAAAAAUUAAGCUCAAUUGUAAUAUGGUCAAGGAAAAUGGGUGAGUUUGCUGCUGCUGGUGGUGGUCUUUUUUCUGUAGGGCACUGCCAACCCUCGUUCUGUCCUGGUAGAGGAAUGUGUUUCGGGCCGGAAAAUGUGAAGGGUAAGCCGAUCAAGAAGCAGGAGAGGAUUUUCCGUGACGAGGCAGUGUUAAAAUCGAAGAAGACGAAGCAGCAUAGGGAGCCUUUAACCUUCUACUUCAGAUAUACAUUUGAUGCUCCUCUCAAUGAGUCCCCUGCGGCUUCAUUUGAUCAAUACUUGGACGAUGAACACAGGGUUAUUAACGUGAUUUUUCCGGACACAGCGAAAACCCAAACAAACAAGGAAGAGUGGAGAAUUCACAUGCCGGCCAUGCAAGUCUUGUUCCUGUCUGUCUACCUUGCAUUAUAUGUUAAGUUGAGAUGCAAAUCCUUGGGGAAAGACUACCCCCCUCAUGUUCCUCACCACAUCUCCAAGAUUCUUGAGCUUGACAUUACUAUAGGGGAAAUCCGAGGCAUUGCUGGGUACGAUUCAAGUGACUUCAACCUCAGCAUCAAAGGAACCAUAUUUUCAGAUAGACAAGGAACACAAAGCUGGCUCAAAAACAUAUUCGACAUAAACUUAAGCUUCAUCGUACCACCUCUCCUUGCUUGGGUUCCAAACAAUGUUAUGCGAAACAUUACAGAAUCCCUCGGGAAUACGAUGAUGGCUGAUCGGAAGUCGAAUGCACUGUUGCUAGCAGUAGCAGAUUACGAGAAGUUCAAAAAAGAGAAGCUCAAAACUGCAGUAAAUUCUAAGAAAUUAAGGGGCGGCUAAAAGAGGAGGGAGAAUUUGCCUAUAAAAAUAACAAAAAUUAAAAAAAAUGGAGAUGCAGGGGAUCGAACCCUGUACCUCCCGCAUGCAAAGCGGGCGCUCUACCAUUUGAGCUACAUCCCCUGUUAGAACUUCCUUUCUAUCGUAUUGCAAAACGUCAUAUAAUAAAUGUAUCACAUAUGCAACCCCA